UACUAGAUUUUUUUUUAAUUGAAAAAGAAUUGCAAUGUUUGAGGGAAGAACACAAAUGGGGAAGAAAGGGAUCAUUAAGCUCGUUUAAUUCCUUUUAUUUUUUCAACACUUUCAUGCUUCGCACACGCUUAACACAAUUGAAACCAUUUUUUGAAGUUUUAUUUUUGGUAAUAUAAAAUCAAAAUAUGUUGUCUGCAAGAUCUUAAUCAUACAUUUACAUAACCAAAGUACAGGAUUUGGGUAAUUGGGGUUUGUUCAAAUACCGUCAGAAACAAUGUCGUACGCUUACCUUUUCAAGUACAUUAUCAUCGGAGAUACUGCAGUUGGGAAAUCAUGUCUUCUUUUGCAAUUCACUGACAAACGGUUUCAGCCCGUUCAUGAUUUAACCAUUGGCGUCGAAUUCGGAGCCAGAAUGAUUUCCAUCGACAACAAGUCAAUAAAGCUUCAAAUCUGGGACACGGCAGGCCAAGAGUCAUUCAGAUCAAUUACAAGGUCUUACUACCGAGGGGCUGCUGGUGCACUUCUAGUCUACGAUAUAACUAGGAGGGAGACUUUCAAUCACUUGGCUAGCUGGUUGGAGGAUGCAAGGCAGCAUGCGAAUGCUAACAUGACCGUUAUGCUUAUUGGCAACAAGUGCGAUUUGGCUCAUAGAAGGGCUGUGAGCACAGAGGAAGGCGCACAAUUCGCCAGAGAACAUGGGCUGGUAUUCAUGGAGGCUUCUGCAAAAACGGCUCAAAAUGUUGAAGAGGCAUUCAUAAGCACAGCUGCCAAUAUCUACAAGAAGAUUCAGGAUGGAGUCAUUGACAUAGCUAAUGAGUCGUAUGGUAUAAAACUUGGAAAUCAAACUGGCGGUGGUUUGUCUGGUGGUAGAGAUGAUUCAGCUUCUCCGGCAGGCGGUUGCUGCAGCUGAUUUUUUUUUUGCAUCGAGUUUUGAGACUCAACUUUUCCGUGCUUUGAUUUCGGAUUUUUAUGUUCUUUUAGUUUUGCUGUUGGAUUCUGAUCAUAUUGUUUUCAUAGUGACCUCUUGUCAUCCGAAUUGAUUCACUAUGAUAUUUUUAUAUAGGGAUAAAGUAACUUUUUA